AUGCAUGCGAAAUAUUUUAGCUUGAUUUCUGUCAUCAUUAUUGUUGCAUUCGCUGUUUUGCAGGCGGAUAGCUUUUACAGUGACUGCUCUGAGGACAAAACGCUUAUCAACGUAUCUCUGACGAAUUGCAGCCAGGCGUCAUGCGUCGCUGAUGGAGGUACAUUUGCGACAUUUGAGCUCACCUUCCAAGCAAGUAAGCAUGUGUAG